AUGAGCUACAACUCAACGCCUGAUGCCUACAACUCAUCGAUUGAUGCCUACAACUCACCGCCUGAUGCCUACAACUCAUUUCCUGAUACCUACAACUCAUGGAUUGAUGGCUACAACUCCUCGACUGAUGCCUGCAAGUCAUUGUCUGAUGCCUACAACUCAUCGAUUGAUGCCUACAACUCAUCGAAUGAUGCCUACAACUCAUCGACUGAUGCCUACGACUCAUUUCCUGAUACCUACAACUCAUCGAUUGAUGCCUACAACUUUUCGACUGAUGCCUGCAAGUCAUUGUCUGAUUCAUUGUCUGAUACCUACACCUCAUCGCCUGAUGCCUACAACUCAUCGCCUGAUGCCUACAACUCAUCGACUGAUGCCUACAACUCAUCGACUGAUGCCUGCAACUCAUUGCCUGAUAAUGCCUACAACCCAUCGCCUGAUGCCUGCAACUCAUCGCCUGAUGCCUACAACUCCUCGACUGAUGCCUGCAAGUCAUUGUCUGAUGCCUACAACUCAUCGAUUGAUGCCUACAACUCAUCGAUUGAUGCCUACAACUCAUCGAAUGAUGCCUACAACUCCUCGACUGAUGCCUACGACUCAUUUCCUGAUACCUACAACUCAUCGAUUGAUGCCUACAACUCUUCGACUGAUGCCUGCAAGUCAUUCUCAACGACUGAUGCCUUCGACUCAUUGCCUGAUGCCUACAACUCAUCGCCUGAUGCCUACAACUCAUCGACUGAUGCCUUCGACUCAUUGCCUGAUGCCUACAACUCAUCGCCUGAUGCCUACAACUCAUCGACUGAUGCCUGCAACUCAUUGCCUGAUGCAUACAGCUCAUCGACUGAUGCCUACAACUUAUUGCCUGAUGCCUACAGCUCAUCGGCUGAUGCCUAG